AGGAAGUUCCAACCAUGACAACAACUUUCCCUACAUAACUAUACCCUAUGAAAUAACAAAAAAAUAACCGUUGUUUCCCGUUACACCAACCCGAGAUAACCUAAGAAUCUGAAAGCAGAACCAAUACUGCUCGAGAAAGUCCAUGCAUGCCCGCCGCAUGUCCUACUAAUAAAAAAAAAUCCAACGCACAGAUCACCAAUAACACCACCUCAUCAUACCCAACUCAAUCACCUUCCUGCCGCAUAGUGUAAGAACCUGAUAGCUGGUGUCAAAUUUCCCCAACCAAAAACAACUAUGGCUUCACGCAACAAAACAGAUUCCUGGACAUGCUGGGCAUUGAUUAGUCGAAUAAUUAAAGGACUCAAGAUAUCCCCUCAUCCAAGACCAGGCUGAGAACACAAUCUUUUGUAUAAGAGUACACUUAUCCACUGCCUUAAACACGUUGAUUUCUAAAAAGCCAAAUGUUCCAUACCACAGCUGCUGCCCACAGAAUCCACACUAAUUGAUGGAGAGUGUAGUUCACGAUUCAACCAUUUUAUUUUUCACGGUGACAGUUUUGGUUAGGUUGAAUUUGAUAUCAAUACGAGUGUGAAAUUUUCUGGUUAAAGCAAUUAGAUUUAGCUCUGCAAGCUCACUAAACUGGAGGAUAAAGAGAUAAAUCUUAAACUAAAUAACUUUACUAUAAAGUUGACCUGCAUCUUCUUCGACAAAUUCUAUUAAGUCAUUGGUUCUAGUUUGAUGUAAACUCAGUCCUUUUAGGAUCCAAAACACUUUUUGUGAAAAAGGCUUUGAAUCGUCACCCGAUACAAAUUCUUGAACCAAAUUGUUAACCUCAAUCAAGCUACACCCAGGGGUUUUCUUUAUCCUCUUGCUUCUUGUUAGUUUCCUAACAUCUGAUACACCUUCCCACUUACCAAGUUCCGCAUAUAUGUUAGCAAGCAAAACAUAGUUUCCAAAUUCUUCAGGCUCAAGCUCUAAAAGUUGUUCCAUGGCAACAACAGCAAUCUCAAGAUUGCGAUGAAUCCUGCAAAAGCUCAACAAAGAGUUCCAUAUCCUCGAAUCUAUUGCAUCGGCAUCUUCAAUAUUGUGUCGAGAGCCUGCUCAACCUGUCCCGAGCGUCCUAGAAGAUCAACUAGGCAACCUUAAUGCUCAAUCUCUGGCUCUAAAUGAUAAUCCACCAUCAUAUCUUCAAAAUAUUUCAACCCCUCAUUCCAUAACCCUUCAUGAGCACAAGCUGACAAAACACCAACAAAUGUUACCCAAUUAGGAGCCACUCUUGCUUUCUGCAUAUCUUCAAAAACUCGAAUUGCCACAUACCCUUUUUCCAUCGAAACGGUUUUCUAACUCUCUUACUCCCAUCGAUGAGCGAGAGUCGACUAUUGAAUAAGAUUCUGAAUAAGUGUUCGAAGCGUCGUUUGCUUGAUCAGGGAAAGCAAGUACAUGGGGUGGUGGAGAAACUAGGGUUUCGACGUGAUUUGGUUUUGAGUAAUGAUCUUAUUGACAUGUACGCAAAAUGUGGUACCGUGGAUUUUGCUUGUAUGAUGUUUGAUCGGAUGCCUGAAAGAAAUGUGGUCUCUUGGACGGCUCUCAUGUGUGGGUACCUGCAAAAUAGUGAUGCUAAAACCACUUUGCUGUUGUUUGUUAAAAUGGGUCGUUCAGAUGUUAAGCCGAACGAGUUUACACUUUCCACGAGUUUAAAAGCAUGUGGGGUUCUGGGGAUUCCUUGGAACGGAAUGCAGAUUCAUGGGGUUUGUGCAAAAUCUAAUUUUGAUUGGGUACCCGUUGUGGGCAAUUCUAUGAUUGACAUGUACUCCAAGUGUGGUAUGGUUGGUGAGGCAGCCCGAGUGUUUAACACUUUGCCAGUGAGAAAUGUUAUAAGCUGGAAUGCAAUGAUUGCUGGGUAUACCAACGAAAGAAAUGGUGAAGAGGCUUUGAAUCUAUUCCGAGAAAUGCGAGAGAAGGGAGAAGUUCCUGAUGGAUACACAUAUUCAAGCUCAUUAAAGGCGUGUAGUUGUGCUGAUGCAGCAGGAGAAGGAAUGCAAAUACAUGCUGCCUUAAUCAGACAUGGGUUUCCUUACUUGGCUCAAUCAGCUGUUGCAGGUGCUCUGGUUGAUCUUUAUGUCAAAUGCAGGCGCAUGGCUGAAGCUAGGAAGGUGUUUGAUCGAAUUGAAGAGAAGAGUGUGAUGUCUUGGAGCACACUAAUUCUUGGUUAUGCACAGGAAGAUAAUUUGAAAGAAGCCAUGGACUUGUUUAGGGAGUUGAGAGAGAGCAGACAUAGAAUGGAUGGGUUUGUACUCUCGAGCAUCAUAGGUGUAUUUGCUGAUUUUGCCCUUCUAGAGCAAGGGAAGCAAAUGCAUGCUUAUACCAUCAAAGUCCCGUAUGGUUUAUUGGAAAUGUCAGUGGCUAAUUCAGUUUUGGAUAUGUACAUGAAAUGCGGACUAACAGUUGAGGCAGAUGCACUUUUCAGAGAGAUGCUAGAAAGAAAUGUGGUCUCAUGGACUGUUAUGAUCACUGGUUAUGGGAAACACGGUAUAGGGAAUAAGGCAGUUGAACUUUUUAACGAAAUGCAAGAGAAUGGAAUUGAACCUGACAGUGUGACUUACUUGGCUGUGCUCUCAGCUUGCAGCCAUUCUGGACUCAUCAAAGAAGGUAAAAAAUACUUCUCUAUUUUAUGUAGCAAUCAGAAGAUCAAACCGAAAGUAGAGCAUUAUGCUUGCAUGGUUGAUCUUCUUGGACGAGGUGGGCGCCUAAAGGAAGCAAAGAAUCUCAUUGAGAAAAUGCCUCUAAAGCCAAAUGUGGGCAUAUGGCAGACAUUACUUAGUGUUUGUAGAAUGCAUGGAGAUGUGGAAAUGGGGAAACAAGUGGGAGAGAUACUUUUGAGAAGGGAAGGUAAUAAUCCAGCCAACUAUGUCAUGGUGUCAAACAUGUAUGCUCAUGCAGGGUAUUGGAAAGAGAGUGAGAAAAUAAGAGAAACCCUGAAGAGAAAGGGAUUGAAGAAAGAGGCAGGACGUAGUUGGGUAGAGAUGGACAAGGAAAUCCACAUUUUCUAUAAUGGAGAUGGCAUGCAUCCUCUCAUAGAGGAAAUUCAUGAAGUGUUGAAAGAAAUGGAGAAGAGGGUGAAAGAAGAAAUGGGCUAUGUUCAUAGCAUAAAUUUUUCAUUGCAUGAUGUUGAAGAGGAGUCGAAGAUGGAGAGUUUGAGGGUUCAUAGCGAGAAAUUAGCCAUUGGGUUGGUUUUGGUUAGACGAGGAUUAAAACUAAAAGGUGAAAGAGUGAUUAGGAUUUUCAAGAACUUGAGGGUUUGUGGGGAUUGUCAUGCAUUCAUCAAAGGUUUGUCAAAGGUUUUGAAGAUUGCAUUUGUGGUGAGAGAUGCAAAUAGGUUUCACAGAUUUGAGAACGGUUUAUGUUCGUGUGGAGAUUACUGGUGAACCGAACCGAAAAAUUUAACACCCUUGUUUGAUGGAUGUCAAACUCUCUAUCUACUUUUUAUUCUUUAUACUUCUUUAUAUUUUAUUAUUAAAAAUAGACUGAAAUAUAUGUUUA